UAUCGGCGUGCAUCUGUGGGCUUGUACUUGGUGUUGGUGUUCCAGCUAGUGUUUCUGUUGCUGCUCUUGUGCAGAAUGGUUGUGGGUGUCUAACACCGUGUUCACCUUUCACUCCUCUUAACAAUGUUAAAUUCCUCUAGGAAUUUCUAGCUAAUUCUGCUAAUUCUGUGCAUCGGUAUAGAGCUCCUAGGGCUCUAUGGUUUUGUGUGCAUAGGAAUGUGAGGUUAUAGUCUGGUGUGUGCCUUGAGUGUGGCAUAGGUUGUCUAUAUCCCUGACUGUGGAUAUUUCACUUUAUGUCCCCACCUGUCUGUGAGCAAUUACCUAUGAGCAUGAACUGUAUCCCUCCAUAUUUGAGUCUUACUAGUGAUACACAUUUUUACCAUCUUCCCAUGGCUGUGCCUGUAUAAAUGUACAGGCACGUGUGUGGUGCAUGAAGCCACAAUGGGUAGUAAUGGGAUGUUUCUGAAAUCCAGAUGUUGAAGGAAUAAUGUGGAAGAGGGAAACCUCAAAUAUACUAAGUCCUUUGCCCUUCAUCUCAUUCUCAUUGACUUCAGAAGAACCAUAGAGUUUGCUUUUGGACCCUCUGGCUUACAAUUGCUUGAUUCUGACCUGAACCUGGCCUCCUGUGUGAACUCUCCUUGGCCUUCCUUCUCCGGUCUGUGGAGGCUGCCUGCUGCAGGCAGGCUUUAAGCCCAUUGACCCUGAUGUCAACAGAAAGAAGUGAGCAUCCCAUCUCCUUCCUUUUUCCCCACCCAAAAGUCACUUCCUCUUAGUUCAUUACCUGGGAUUUUGAUGCUUGUGUUCCCUCAGCAAUAUUGAUACACAUGGGGAAAAAAAAAAAAAGGAACUUCUUGAAAUUCCCCCAGAAGGUUUUGAGAGUUGUUUUCAGUGUUGCAACUUGAACAAGUCAGUUUCUAGUUUAAGUUUCCAUCAGAAAGCUUGGUAGGAGUAGGGUAUAUAAGCCCCAGUAGCAACAACAGCAGCAACAGCAGCAGCAGCAGCAGAAGAAGAAGAGACAAGUUUCAGACCCAGAAAACUCUGCAGCCUGCCCAGAAGCAAGAUGCAUCCUCAGCAGCUGGUCAUCGCCUGGUUUUCCCUGGUUUUGCUGGCACCUCCCCUCAUGGCCAUAUGGGAACUGGAGAAAAACGUUUAUGUUGUAGAGUUGGACUGGCACCCUGAUGCCCCCGGAGAAAUGGUGGUCCUCACCUGCAAUACUCCUGAAGAAGAUGACAUCACCUGGACCUCUGACCAGAGCAGUGAAGUCCUAGGCUCUGGUAAAACUCUGACCAUCCAAGUCAAAGAAUUUGCAGAUGCUGGCCAGUAUACCUGUCAUAAAGGAGGCGAGGUUCUGAGCCAUUCGUUCCUCCUGAUACACAAAAAGGAAGAUGGAAUUUGGUCCACUGAUAUCUUAAGGGAACAGAAAGAAUCCAAAAAUAAGAUCUUUCUAAAAUGUGAGGCAAAGAAUUAUUCUGGACGUUUCACCUGCUGGUGGCUGACAGCAAUCAGUACCGAUUUGAAAUUCACUGUCAAAAGCAGCAGAGGCUCCUCUGACCCCCAAGGGGUGACUUGUGGAGCAGCGACACUCUCAGCAGAGAAGGUCAGAGUGGACAACAGGGAUUAUAAGAAGUACACAGUGGAGUGUCAGGAGGGCAGUGCCUGCCCGGCUGCCGAGGAGAGCCUACCCAUUGAAGUCGUGGUGGACGCUAUUCACAAGCUCAAGUACGAAAACUACACCAGCAGCUUCUUCAUCAGGGACAUCAUCAAACCGGACCCGCCCAAGAACCUGCAACUGAAGCCAUUAAAAAAUUCUCGGCAUGUGGAAGUGAGCUGGGAAUACCCUGACACCUGGAGCACCCCACAUUCCUACUUCUCCUUAACAUUUGGCGUACAGGUCCAGGGCAAGAACAACAGAGAAAAGAAAGACAGACUCUCCGUGGACAAGACCUCAGCCAAGGUCGUGUGUCACAAGGAUGCCAAGAUCCGCGUGCAAGCCAGAGACCGCUACUAUAGCUCAUCCUGGAGCAACUGGGCAUCCGUGUCCUGCAGUUAGGUUCCAAUCCCAGGAUGAAACCUUGGAGGAAAAGUGGAAGAUAUUAUGCAGAAGUUUUUAAAGAGACAAUGGAAUAGGCCCCAAAAGUUAUUUUCUACCUAAUUUGCUUUUUGCAAAGGAUCAUUAUAAUGUUUUUGUAGUAGUUUUACAUUGAAAUGCCAAAUGCCCACUGAAGCAAUUAGCUACUUUAUUUAUAGAUUUUCUAGCUAGCAGGUUGCCACUGACCUUAAUGCUAUUUAAAUAUUUAAGUAAUUUAUGUAUUUAUUAAUUUAUUGUUAUUGAACACUUCUGUGUCAAGAUGUAUUGUAUGUUUCAUACUCUCAGGACCUGAUCUGUAAGGAAUAGGCCCUAUUGUGCAAAAUGUGAAUUUAUGUGUUAUUUAUACUGACAACUUUUCAAACAAGACUACAAGUGCAUCAGUUUUAUGACAACCAGUGAGAACACAGUGUUUUGAUGCCAGCACCAAUAUGUUUGUGAUGGAUGGGAACACAGAAACAGUUAAACAGAAGCACGGAGACAUGAAUCCAUUUGAAAAGGUUCUGGUGACCGAGAUGUUAGUUCCUGUGUCCGUGAAGAUUUCCUUGAGGUGGUGUUGCUAAAGCAAUUCAGGACCACCUGCACUUCUAAGCAAGUUCAGUUGUUUUAUUUUUGUUGUUGGUGGUGGGUUUUUUGGGGGGAGAGGCGGUUGGAUGCCUGAAUUUAGAAAGGACUAAAAAAAUAACUGAAAUUGAAAUUCAGCUUCAGCUACCCUGGCAGUCCCCACCUCCAUCUAUCUGUAAGACAUCGGAGAGUGACCCAGAGACAUUGUAAGUGUCUGGAAAGUAAAAAGGUCUUAGGAUCCAAGAGGGAGAACAAGUAUAGUACGGCCAAGCAAACAAAAUUGUCAAAAUUGCCAGCCGCUUUUUAAUAGCCAUGCAAGAAAACACAGAGUUGCAAAGAAAACAAUCAAGAAUUGCUUACUCAUCAGCAUGAGUGAACCUGACUGGUGGAUAUGACCGGACAGUGCCAAUCACUAAGGUGCUACUUUUAAGUAAUGAAUGUGCUUUCUGUAAAGUGAUUUCAUUUGUAUUCUGUUUACUUAUUUCUGACAGUGAACUAAUAAAAAUAUAAUUCUUCUUUGCAA